UCCAUAAUCGGUCGUAAAUGGGUAUUACUUUCCAGUUCGAUAUUCCUUGUAGCCUCAUAUAUAGUGCUGAUGAUUGCUCCUGAAGUCUGGGUUAUAGUGUUUGCACGUGCACUACAAGGUUUCUCUGCUGGUUUUGUUAUGGCGGUGCAGCCAAUAUAUGUGAGUGAAAUUUCCACCGAUGACUUAAGAGGAGCCACGGGUUCCCUAAUGCAGUUGGGGUUGGUUUCGGGUGUCCUUUAUGUGUAUGCUAUUGGUCCUUUUGUAUCCUAUCAAGCAUUACAAUGGUUUUGCCUAGCAUUGCCUAUUGUUUUCGUUGCUUGUUUUGUGUUUAUGCCAGAAAGUCCCUACUACUAUGUGGGCAAGGGUCGCCAGGAGGAAGCUAGCAAAGCUUUACAAUUUCUACGGGGACAAUCAGCUGAGGCAGUUAAAGAAACUUUAGCAUCCAUAGAAAAUUUCAUACAAGAAACAUCGCAACAAAAAGGCAGCGUAAUGGAUAUCAUUAAAAUAGCCGGCAAUCGUAAGGCUUUUAUUAUAUCGGCUUUAUUAUUGGUAUUUCAACAACUCUCGGGAAAUACCGCCGUUCUUUUCAAUACUCAAUCCAUUUUUGAAACAGCCAAUACAGGUGUAGAUGCUGCUAUAGGUGCCAUUAUUGUGGGCAUAGUACAAGUGGCAGCAUCUGCACUAACUCCUCUCAUUGCCGAUCGCUUGGGCCGCAAGAUUAUAUUGCUGACCUGUAGUGGAAUUAUGAGCAUUUCUUUAUUUGCUUUAGGUGCCUAUUUUUAUAUCGAACUUGCCGGCGAAGAUACUUCAAAUAUUAUGUGGUUACCUUUAACAUCUCUCCUAAUUUACAUUAUUGUAUAUAGUGUUAGUUUUGGUCCUUUGCCUUGGGUUCUUUUGGGUGAAUUGUUUCCAGCCAAUGUCAGGUCUAUAGCAUCCGCUAUAGCCAGUUCUCUUUGUUUAUUCACAGGGUUUCUUAUUUCUUAUUUCUAUCCCUUGCUAAACACCCUGGGUACUUAUUAUAUAUUCUGGUUAUUUGCCACAUCUUGCCUUAUAGCGUUCUUUUUCAUAAUGUUUGUUGUAUUCGAAACUAAAGGUUUGAGUAUGCAACAAAUUCAAGAUAAACUUAAUAAAAAGGAACUCGAUUAGUUAGCUACAGAAAACAGUAAAAUUUUUAGUUUAAUAAUAAAACUAAAUAAUUAGUAUCAUCUAUGAUAUUAUAUGAAUUAUUUAACUUACUCAGAGAAUCAAAGAAUUUAAGAAGAGCAAUAUUAAAGUAUGUAUUUAAAUAUAACUGCCAUUCAUUAUAGUAUGUACUUAAACGAAAAUACUCGUAUAGAUGAUAUGAUUUAAACCUAUAAAACCACUGAAUUACAGUAGUAAUCUAUGUCCACAUAGAAUAUUUAACUGUAGAAGUAUUCUGAUACAAAGCU